AUGAGCGGUCAUCGUAUCCGGCCUUCUUUGAUAUCAAGGCCAGCACCACCGAGCCCAAAGCUCAAGGAUUCUUGCGACAGAUGUUCUACUUCUAAAGUUCGCUGCACAAAAGGGAAGCCCUCCUGUGCGCGUUGCGAUAAGCUGGGAUAUACAUGCUUCUACAGCCCAGCACGACGGGUCGGCCGACCAUACAGACCAAAAGGAUCAACACCAGAAGCCAAAACAACCAAAGAGUCAGAUCAUCAAUCGAGGGCCCCGGAAGCCUGUUUUAUAGAUGAGAGUGUCAAGCACUACCCCCAAAUCAACACAUUGCCCACACCGGCGGACGCAUAUGUCGACAGCUCACCAUCAAUCAGCCCAAUCAAUCAUUUCGAUACACCCAACACAACAUGGUCAAAUCAAGACCCACCGAAUGCUCACUAUAAGACCGACCCGGAUUGUAUAUUGGUCGCCCUGGACCUAAUCUCAUUGCUAGAGGUUUCCGCCACGCACUUGAGGAACUCAGAGCCAAUAGACGACAAGAUACUCAGUGCAACUGCACAGACGAUAGCGGCAGCAAUCGACCGCCUAUGCAGGAUUCUUGAAUGCUCAUGCUCCGAGCGGGCUGAAGUCGGAAUCAUGGUUUCUGCCAUUUGUAUGAGCAUCAUUGAUAUCCAUACAGUGUCAAUUGCCAUUUUGAGAAGGGAUUACCCCCUUGGUGUGGCACAAGAUAUCAUGACACCUUGGGAUAGUCCUAAUAUUGGACCUGCGUUUGAGACUGGGGCAUUUCUGGUCUUGGGGGAACUUUCUGAAAUUGCGAAAGUGACUUUGCGGUUCCUCGAGGCCUACAAGGUUGGAAAUGGGCCAAAUGGCUUCACGAAUGGCUUGGAGCUCCCAGUUGGCAUUCUCCCCUCGCUGGCUGGCCCUUUGCGGGGGCAGUUGCAGCAGAUUAUUAUUGAUGCAAGUUGGUCCACAGGUGGUCCGGGCAGGUGA